GCCUUAUCGCAUACACGACCAAAAUGGCCGCCUCCCUCCCAGCAAAGUUGAAGAUCAAGGAUAUCACGCCCUUCGCGGUGCGUGCGGCUCAGUUGGAGAAGCACAAGCCCAUCGUGUCAUACUGGUGCAACUACUACAUCAUCGACCAGAUCCUCUCAAAGGGCUUACACUCUGCCGACGAUGAGUGCAUGCAGUAUACGACAACGCUCAUGGACAAGCUGGAGCAGACCAAGACAGAGCAAGCGGGUAACGACGCCAUCGUCGACGACAUUGCGGCAAAGGCAUACAUCGAGCAGUUCGCACUUGACACGUUCCAACGCGGCGACGAUGCCAUCCACACCAACAAGGCCUCGCGCCAGACCAUCGAUACCUUCCAGGCCGCCGUCACUUUCUUCGAUCUCCUGAACAUGUCCAUCUGGGCUCCCAUCGACCCUGACAUCACGGCAAAGUCAAAGUAUGCAAAGUUCCACGCCGUACGCAUCGCCAAAGCCAUCAAGGCCAGUGAGGACCCCAACGACUCCAAUCCUGUCGACGAGGAGCCUCCAGUAGCUUCCGCACAAGACUCGUACCAACCUCCCACCGUUGAGAGCGCCCCCGAGAGCCAAUACCCUUCACGUCCUGCCUCGGUCACUCAGCCCGACCCCACCACUUCUCUACCCACUCAAGACCAGGUCUCGCCCAUCGAAUCUGCCACAAACCCUCGCCAGAACUCGGUCGGUGGCGGUUACUUUCCGUCCGCGCCUACCUUCCCCGAGGAUUUUACUGCAUCGAACGCCCCCUCAGCCAACCCAGCCACUCCCUUCAUACCUUCGGCUCCAUCUCAAUCACUGGACGCCCCAGUAUCGCCCUCGCAAUACUACUCACAACCCACACAACCACCUGCUUCGAUACCCAUACAUACUCCUGUAGCCAUGCCGCCACCACCACCAGCUGCUCCUGUGCCACUUCCACCUGUACAAGCUGUGGCUCCUGGCACUUAUCGAACAGACGAUGAUUCCAUCACCUUGGCUCAGAAGCAUGCGAAAUGGGCCAUGUCGGCUCUGAACUUCGAGGAUGUUGAUACUGCGGUCAAGGAGCUCAGGCUGGCACUUCAGACUCUGGGCGCAAGCUAGAGUCCAGUGCGUCCAUGCACGUUAGUUCAUCGCACAUGAUGUUUUUAUUGUACAGAUACCCAUUUCCUUACGCUCAUCAUACCCCUGUCACAAUCUUGGAUUUAGUCCCAUGCCUUGUGCAGCUGUUUGCUCUUGGCGAUAUGCGAGGUUCCGCGAGCUGUUCGUCUUGUGUAACAUCACCACAUUUUAUCACAAUUUUCCAACAACAUUGAUUAUGAUUUCUAUCUGGAUCAAUAAUUUUUGCCAAGUGCUGACGAAAGCAUGAGCACAGUUUUUAUUAGAGCGACACUAGUGUAAAGAUGUGAAUUAUGUGUUUGUGACUG